CUCUCUCUUCUCUCUCCCCAUCGCUCUUCACGAGGAGACGAAAACCUCGACCUCAACCCCAGCCGAGGUCUGCAACUGCAAUGGGGUGAGAACCCAAAAUCGCCACCAAAAGCUCUCCGAACGCCUCCGAUUCUACUCGCCCCGCCCGCCGCGUCCUCCGAUCACCAGAUCUGCUCUUGAUCGUCCUCCGCCUGCUCGGAUCUCUUCCGCCGCUGAUUUUGCUCGAUGGAGGAGACUGCAAUGAAGUCACUGAAAGUUACGAUCAAGUUGAAUGGGAAAAACGUCGAUACCAAUUCUCCAAAUCGUGUAAACGAGAAUUCCGCCGGAGGGUCCGAAAAACGCAGCCCCGAGGCUGUAGAAAAUCAGACGGAAGAUUCCGGGUACCAGUUGGUUCUUUAUGACCCGUCAGUAAACGGUGCCAACGGAACGGUCCAGGACCCCGUUAAUUAUCAAUCUCCAUCUUCGAGACUGUUUCCGUUUCCGAAUCGAGUUCUGCCGUCAGUAGGGGCGUUCACCGUUCAGUGCGCAAAUUGUUUCAAAUGGAGGCUGAUUCCAACCAAAGAAAAGUACGAGGAAAUUCGAGAACAUAUUUUGGAGCAUCCCUUCUACUGUGAAACCGGCCGAGAAUGGCGUCCCGACAUUUCGUGUAACGAUCCGCCCGAUAUAACGCAAGACGGAAGUCGGCUUUGGGCCAUCGACAAACCGAGCAUCGCGCAACCGCCGCCCGGCUGGCAACGGCUUUUGAGGAUCAGAAGUGAAGGAAGCAGCAAGUUUGCCGAUGUGUACUACGCUUCGCCAUCGGGCAAGCGACUGCGUUCCAUGGUUGAAGUUCAAAGGUACCUUGAUGAGAACCCGGGUUACAAAGAAGAAGGGAUUAGCUUGUCGAAGUUUUCGUUUCAAAUACCUCGACCUUUGCGGGAGGACUAUGUUCGUAAACGCCAAACUCCAAUUCCAACUCGCGCCACAUCCGAACAACCCGAACAAGACGGCAAUCAUCAUGGAACGCCGGAAUCUUUUGACCCUGCUCAAGUUAAACCCAUAUCUUGGAUGAGCCCCCAAGUGGACACAGAUUUGCAGCUUAGUGUACCCGGGCCUUCGACCCGCCCUUCCAAGAAGAAAACCCCGACAAAGCGCAGGAGAAAUGGCGCUUCGGACAACAACCAAAAUGGGAUCAACGGUCAGGAUCCUCACAUUGUCUGAAUCCCAGGUAGUCCCGACAUUUGAUCUAGCAAGUAAAGUAUCCUUUAUCUCUUAAUUUCUCGUUAUACUUGGCGAAAAAAUAGGAAGUGUGAUAUCGUUGCAAUUUUGUUACUUGCAUGCUAAACUUGUCCGCGUGCCCGCCAGCCCCGUAGAAUGUAUAAAUUUUUAACAAACUAUUUUAAUUUGUUGUAAAUAGGUAGUAAGAAAACUUUGUGAUGCUCGAAAAUGUAGCGCUUCCCGUUCUAUAGGUGCCGAAAAAGAGUCGAUUCUCUCGUGAUUUUUUAAUGUUUUCGCCGCUUGUCUGAAGUUUUUCAGUCGAUUCUGACAGACUUUGCCGAGCGCGGAGGCUCAGUUCUAUUCUAUGAUGCUUGUUGAAAUGUAUUGCGCAUAAAUUUUAUAUAUAUAUAUAUAUAUAUUGGUAGAUUAUCAUUUUUA